AUGCGAGUUCCUGGGAAAAUUCUCUGCAUCCUAAUGCUGCUACUGCACAAGAGUAGUCAGCAACAAGUGUUUAAUGAUGCAGAAACACUCUAUCUCCCUAACAAUUAUGACAUUGGCUGGAUGAGAACUCUGGAUGAUAACAAGUUAAUUUCCGACAUCACUAUUCCUGGUACCCAUGACAGCUUGGCCCUUCAUGGAGGACCAGCAGCAGAAUGUCAGGCAUGGUUGCUAGAGGACCAGCUAAAUGCCGGCAUACGCUACUUUGACUUGAGAGUGUCUGGGGAUGAACUGAAAGUUGUGCAUGGACCGAUUUCCCAACAUACAACAUUCUUUGAAGCUUUCAACACAAUAAAGGAGUUUUUAUCUAGAUUCCAAACAGAGACAGUGUUGGUCAGACUUAAGCAUAGCAGCAAAUUUCCGGAUCAGGUUAUAUCCCAGCUUGAAAAUGAUUCUAAAAGUUGGGUUAGGAAUGACAUACCAAGAAUUGGAGACGUAAGAGGAAAUGUUGUUUUCGUUCAAAAAAAUAGCUUUCAUCUGGGUAUCUCUCUACAUGAAACUGAUAAACCUGGUGACUAUAAAGUAGGAAAUGUGGGAAAAAAGAAAGAUAAAAUUAUUUCCCAUCUGAAUGAGGCUGUGGAAACAUGUAGAACUGGUUAUGUUGUAUUGAACUAUUCAAGCGGCACAGGCUUUCCUUUUUUAAGGGUAGACAACUCCCCAAAACAUUUGGCGAAAGAAAUCAACCCUUGGCUAUAUAAUAAUCUCAAAGGCGCUUAUGAAGAAAAAAAAAAGUUUUGUUUUGGGGUUAUAGCCAUGGACUUUCCAGGCUUUGAUUUAAUACAAAUGGUCAUCAAUUUUAAUAAACAGGUUGGCAUAUAAGUCUGUCAUUUUUACAGUACAUUUUGUUAAUUAAGCAUACACUAGUGGGACAGAAGUGUGCAUUUUCUGUUUUAUUAAUG